GGUGGCCAGCAGGACCAUGGAGGUGGCCACGAAGUGACCGUUUGCGAUGGUCAGCGGGUCACUCGUGCCGAUGGUCAGCGGGAUCGUGGCGAUGGCCAGAGAGUCCCCCACAGCGAUGGCCAACGGGUCACCCUCGGUGCUGACCACCGAGACCGCGGCGAUGACCACUGGGCCACCGCCAGCGAUGACCGCGGGGUCACCCACGCUCCGAGCGCCGCCCACGCCGCUGCCCAGCGCCCGUUCGGCUGUCCGGACUGCGGCAAAGCCUUCGUGCUGAGCGCUCAACUGCUGCGGCACCGCCGCGCCCACGCCCCCGCSGUGKCCGGAGCGGCCGSAGCGGCCGGAGCCGCCGGUCAGUGCCGGGACUGCGGCCGCCCGGUGGGAGCGCCCUCGCAGCGACCCUACAAAUGCGUGGACUGCGGCAAAAGCUUCGGCCGCCGGCCCAAAGAGCCCCGAGCGACCAAACCUCGCCGCCAACGCCGCGGCGACACCGCCCAAGGCGUCAAAUCGCCCACCGUGCCCAACACGUGCGGCGAGUGCUGGCAGAGCUUCGGCCAGAGCUCGGACCUGGUCAAGCACCUGCGCAUCCACACGGGCGAGAAGCCGUACGCCUGCGGCCACUGCGGGAAACGCUUCAACGUCAGCUCCAACCUGAUCCGCCACCGGCGCAUCCACACCGGGGAAAAACCGUACGGCUGCGCCGACUGCGGCAAGAGCUUCACCGACAAAUCCACGCUGACGCAGCACCGGCGCAUCCACACCGGGGAGAAGCCGUACGGCUGCGGGGUGUGCGGGAAGAGCUUCAGCCGCAGCUCGCACCACAAGCGGCACCAGCGCACGCACAGCGCGGCCGCGGCGGGGGCGGGGGGCGGCGGGGCGGUCACUGCGGUCAGUGCGGGGGUCAGUGCGGGGGUCAGUGCCGGGGUCAGCGCGGGCGCGGCGCUGCUGCCGCUGUGGCCGUACCCCAGCCAGCCCUGCUGA